AUGGCUGCUCGUAAUGAAUUCAGGCACAGAAAGCAAACCAAGGCAGCAAUUACUAUGCAGCACCCACAAUUUCAGGCCGCAAGAGAAACAGGUGCCCUCAAAGAAGCAAAGGAUAAGCUUGAAAAACAGGUGGAAGAACUCACAUGGCGUUUGCAGCUGGAAAAACGUUUGAGGACUGACAUGGAAGAAGCAAAAGGGCAGGAAAUAGUGAAGAUGCAGCAUUCCUUGCAAGCUAUGCAAAGCAAAGUUGAUGAAACAAAUGAAUUGCUUGUCAAGGAAUGUGAGGCUGCCCAAAAAGCAAUUGAAGAAGCUUCUUCUCUUGUCAAAGAAACCCCAGUUCCUGUCGAAAAUACUGAAAAGGUUGAGGCUCUAACUUCAGAAGUGGAAAAUUUGAAGGUCUUGUUGCAAUCUGAAAAACAUCGAGCUGAUGAUUAUGAAAGGAAAUAUGCAGAGGCCCUGGAAUCAAGUGAGGAGAAGUGUCAGAAACUAGAAGAAACUGAAAGAAGAGUUCAUCAACUCCAGGAAUCUUUUAACAGGUGGUUUUAG